AAAAAAAAAUAACGGAUUAUGUCGCGCAACUUUCCCCCAGACCCUCCUUCGACCAGAAAUGAUUGCAUCGCCGCGUCCCUUUCCGUCCCUGCCAAGAAUUCCCAAUAUUUUCCCGAGAAAAUAAUACCCCGGAGCUCUGCGCGCAGCCACCCGCCCCAUUUUGCCGAGAAAAUCAUUGACUGAAGGAAAAUCAUUGCCUCGUUUUUUGGCGAAAUUCGGGAAGGGAUUUUAUUCGAUCAUCAUCAGGACGUCCAGAUUUUCUUCCGACGAGGUUGAAGAUGGUGAGGAGGCAGCAACCGGACCGUCAGUCCCGGGCCUUCUGCGAGCUCUCCGCCUUCGUGCUGAACCUGCUCCGAUCGCCCCCGACGCCUGUCUCGUUCUCCGAUCAGUCCCCGGCGGCGGCGGCGGCGGCGGCGGAGGGUUCGUCGUCGUCGUCGUCGUCGAGGGGGUCGGUGGCGCAGAUCACGCCGGCGGGGUUCGCGUCGCUGAUGCUGGGGAUAUCGCUGGCGCUGAUGCUGUGCGGAUCGGUCACGUUCUUCAUCGGCUUCAUGCUGAUGCCGUGGGUGCUCGGGCUGGUGAUGCUCCUGUACGUGGCCGGGAUUGUCUCGAGCCUCUCGGUCUUGGGGCGGUCGAUCCUGUACUACGCCACGGGUCCACCGGCGCCGCGGAAGGAGAUUCCGUCAUGGAAGCUAUUGUGAAUGGAAAGACCGUUUGGAGAUGUGCUGAAGGGAUGAAUUAUGUCCCAGAGGAUUGAGAGCACAGAACUCGGUUGUUCUUGCAAUUACUACUGCCUUAAGUUACACAUAUAGGGACAUUGAGAUUACGGAGCUUUUCAAGUAUUGAUGCAGAAUUGCGGAUACCUUUCUCUUUGUAGAUUCUGCGGAUAAUAUUUCGAGAUGGCUUUUGAAGUAGUUAGAUUCAGAAAUGAUGUAUCGUUGAAGCCUUUUUUUAGGAUAAUAUACAGUUCAAUACCUGUUUUGGAUGAGAGCUGGGGAGCUAGUUCUCAGUUCCUAUGUAUCUCGCAUUUUCAAAUUUUUAUUCCCAUGCCUCCGAGUUUCUGUA